AUGUAUGUUCAUGUUAAUGGGAUUCCUACGGUGGAUUUCAAGGUUUCUAGAGGCCUUAGACAAGGGGAUCCCCUUUUCCCUUUUCUUUUUCUUUUGGUAGCAGAAGGAUUUUUCGGUUUAUUACAUCAAGUGGUUGCUUUAGGGGAUUUUGAAGGGUUUCACAUUAAUGAUAAUAUGCAUCUUGAAUUGCUUCAAUUCACGGAUGAUACAAUCUUGAUUGGAGAGGAUUCAUGGACAAGCCUUUGGACCCUUAAAGCUUUACUUAGAGGCUUUAUGUUGGUGUCAGAGCUACGGACAGACAAUUCUUUCUUGGCUUGUGGUUUUGGUUUGAUUCGUUUUGUGUUUCUUGACAUUCCAAUCGGGAUUAAUCCUAGAAGAAAAGAGGUCUGGGCACCGAUUGUUGGCAAGAUGAAUAGAAGGUUAACGGUGUGGCAUAAUAGACUUUUAUCUAUUGGAGGGGUGAAGCCUAAGCCUAAUGAAAAGGGCCGUUUUGUUUGGUUGAGACACAAAGAUGGUUUCUCGGUGAAAGUGCUAUAA